AGCAGUUUUUGUUGAAUUGACAAAGGCUUUGUCUUCUCUAGCAACUCAGUUAAGAAGUUCGAGCAUUGUUCUUCCCAACAAAGCAGUUGUUGAAUUGAGUCUGAAGAUGAUGCGCAGAAAGUGGUAUUGCAGCACAAGAGGUAUGCUUUAUUGUCUUCGCUCUACUGCUUGGGUUGUUUCCGUCUGCAAUUUCAUGGCCUUGUUUCAUUCUCAAUCCUCAAAUCCAACCGCACCUAGAGAAACCCAUCUAGAGAGGCUUGUGAGAAAACCACCUUCAAAACCCACAGUGAGUAAUCUUGAGAACGCCCUGAAGGUGUUCGAUGAAAUGCUUCAAAGGCGUCCUUUGCCUUGUGUUGUCCGCUUCAAUCAACUCUUGGGCCAACUUGCUAAACUGAAACACUAUUCUCUAGUCCUCUCUUUGAUUAGACAAAUGCGUCUCAUCGGUAUCGCUCAUGAUGUUUAUACUCUAAAUAUUAUCAUUAAUUGCUACUGCCAUUUGAAUCAUAUGGGGUUUGGCUUAUCUGUCUUGGGCCAAUUCUUUAAAUUGGGGUUUCAACCAAGUGUCACCACCUUCAACACUCUUAUCCACGGCUUUAUUCUCAAGAAUCGAGUGGCUGAUGCAGCGCGAGUUUUCAGCAAAAUGGUGGGGGGAGGUCAUUGUCAGCCCGAUGUGUUUACUUUCAGCACAUUAAUAAAGGGCUUUUGCAUGAUUGGAAACAACAGGGCAGCUACUCAAUUACUUGGGAAGAUGGAAGAAAGAGGAUGCGAGCCUGACACAGUUGCCUAUAACACCGUCAUCGACAGUCUUUGUAAGGAUACACUAGUUGAUCAAGCAUUGAACCUCUUCUCAGAAAUGAUCACCAGAGGCAUUGCUCCAAACAUUGUUACUUACAACUCUUUGAUUCAAGGAGUCUGCAAUAUAGGCCAGUGGAAAGAAGCUACAAGGUUGUUGAAUGAAAUGGUGAGUAAAAAUAUCUUUCCCAAUGUACGGACCUUCAAUGUCUUGGUUGAUGCACUCUGUAAAGAGGGGAUGGUUUUGGAAGCCAAAACUGUGGUUGACAUGAUGAUUCAAAGAGAUAUUGAGCCUGAUGUCAUUACUUACAAUUCGCUUAUGGACGGUUAUUGUUUGCUAGGAGAGAUGGACGAGGCGAAACAAGUUUUUGAUCUAAUGGCUAGCAAGGGCUCCAUGGUUAAUGUUCAGUGUUUUAACAUAUUGAUAAAUGGAUAUUGCAAGGGUAAAAAGAUCGAUAAGGCUUACAAGAUUUUCAAGGAAAUGCGUCCUAUGAAACUUGUUGCUGAUACCGUUACUUAUACCACUCUUAUUGAUGGUUUUUACAAAAUGGGGAGAAUACAAGAAACAGAAAAGCUGUUUUCUCAGAUGCAAGGUUGUGGCCAACAUCCAGAUAUUGAAACUUAUGCUGUUUUACUUGAUGCCCUAUGUAGCAAGCAGCAACUUUCUAAGGCAAUAGAAUUGCUUAGAGAGAUGAAGCACAAGAAGUUGGAACUGAAUGUUGUAAUUUAUAGUAUUAUUAUUGAAGGUUUGUGCAAAGCUGGGAAAAUGGAUUCCGCAAUAGAGGUCUUCUCUGGUUUGUCAUCGAAAGGAGUACAACCUAAUGUGAGGACGUACAAUAUAAUGAUUCAUGGAUGUAAAGGAGGCUUAUUAAAUGAAGCAGAUAAGUUGCUGAGAGAAAUGGGAGAGAGAGGCUGCUCUCCAGAUGGUUGGGCCUAUAACAUCAUUAUCCGAGGGUUGUUAAAUAACAAUGACGCAUCAAGGGCUAUGAGACUUAUUCAAGAAAUGGUAGAAUCGGGUUUCUCUGCAGAUGCAUCAACUAUGGAAUUGAUAGUUGGUUUAUUGUCUAUGGAUAUAGUAGACCCGGCUUUGUUGCCGUUGUUAAAGGAUUCAUGAUAAAAUUGAUUUGAUUUUUGAAA